AUGGAGGCGGUGAGACUCCUUCUGAAUCAAGGAUUAACAUUCCGCGAAUAUCGUGAAGAUGAAUCAUCAUUAAACAAAGUUAACUUUCUUGAAAUCCUUAAGUGGUAUGCGAAAAGGUGUGAUAAAAUCUGUGAUCUUGUGUUGGAAAACGCUCCAAAAUAUGAUAAGUUGACUUCUCAUAAAAUUCAAAAUAAUAUUGUCACUGCAUGUAAGCUUGAGACAAUUAAAGCUAUCAUAGUGGAUCUAAAUGGUGACAAUUUUGCAUUGUUAGUGGAUGAAUCUUGUGACAUUUCACGCAAGGAACAAAUGGCUAUUGUCUUGCGCUAUGUUUAUAGAAUGGGAGUUGUGGUGGAGCGGUUUAUUGGGAUCGUACAUGUUCGUGGCACUAGUACUUUAUGUUUAAAGGAAGCAAUUGCUAAUUACCUUGCUCAACAUUCUUUGAGUUUAUCUUAUGUACGUGGACAAUGCUAUGAUGGAGCAAGCAAUAUGCAAGGGGAUCUAAGUGACCUUAAAACUUUGAUUAAAAAAGAAAUGGGAGGUUCUUUUAAACGUAUGGUUGAUCUUCGACAAUCUCAAGCAGAAAAACUUCAAGAGGCAUUAGAUAUGGGAGAGCUUGAUACUGGCAAGGGUUUAAAACAAGAACUUGGUCUAGCUAGAGCUGCUGAUACUCGUUGGGGGUCGCAUUAUAAAUUUUCUAAGAACAUUAUUAAUAUGUUUGGCUCUAUUAUUGAUGUUCUAGAUACUAUCGUUGUUGAUGCUCGAUCUUUAGAAGAAAGAGCUAAGCAUGGCAUAGUGAUACCUAAUUUUGAUGAGUUCUAUGUUAACUCUGGAAGAUCUCGACGCAAAGUUGCAGAGCAUACCAUUUCACAUCAUUAUCGUGUUAAUGUGUUUAUUAAGAUUAUUGAUUGGCAACUUCAUGAACUCAAAGAGCGUUUUAAUGAGGAGACAACAGAUUUGCUUAUGGGAGUCGCUUGCUUGAAUCCAGUUGACUCAUUUUCUAGUUUUGACAUCAAGAAGAUAUUGAGAAUGGCUGAAUUAUAUCCUGAUGAUUUUGAUGAAAAUAGUAUGAUUACUCUUGAGAAUAAGCUUGCGACUUAUAUCGUUGAUAUCCGUGAUGUUGAUGAAAG